UAUUUUUAUUAUUUUUUAGGUGGCAAUAGUCACGGUAACCCGUAUAUCAGAAAGAUCGAAACUUUCAGACAACAACAACCACCACCACCACAACAACAACAACUACCACCACCACCACAACAACAACAAAUAUCACCACCACAGCAACAACUAACACCACCACCACCAUCACCACCACAACAACAACAGCAAGCUAUGUCUCUUGGGUCGAAUUGUAUAACAACACCAAAAUCAGCUAGUCCAAUGAAAAAUCAACAACCUUUGCCUUUACAUGAUUUACCAUCACAAUCACCUUGUCCCAAUCCAGUGGCUGAAACUCCAAUACCAAAUACUUCGGUUUCUCAAUCGUCUACAAUUCAAGAUGAUCAGAAUAAACAGAUAAAACUUGAAGAUGAAAAAUCAAUUAAUGAGAAGUCUGAAGUAAAAUGGCCAUUCAAACGUAAGAUUAGUAAGAAAGGACGGAAAAAGCGACUGAAUGCUCGAAUGCGUCGCUUAGUAUCACCCAAAAGUCCAUUAAUGGUAUUUUCUGAGUUGUUCAAAGAUGUACCAAUUCACUUACAAGAGCACCCACUUCAUAAUAUUAUGAGUUAUACUGCUACACUCGAUGUUGAUGGUCAAAUGUAUUCUGGAAAUCAUAUUUCCAAGACUCAAGCCAAACAAAAGGCAUGUGAAAACUUCUUGCGCAUUAUGUUAGCAAAAAAAAUAAGUGAACGAUCUGAAAAAAAAGAAGAAUCCCCGAUGGAAGUUGAGAUGGAAAUUGGAGAAAAUAGUUCAGUAUCAAAACCUAAAGGACCACCACAGGAAGAUUUCCCAUGGCCACAUUUUGCUUCAUUAGCUAUGCAUAACUUAAUAAAUCAAUGGGAACUACAGCCCGUUGUUACAAACGCUAAUUAUGUACAAGAAGAACCAAAUGUUAUCAAAUCACAACCUAAGACUGGAGCCAUGAGAAAGUUUCCUGAAAACCCGAAAAACUGUAAUCCAAUACAGUUAAUAAAUCAAAUGAAGCCUGGUGUAAUAUUUGUUGAAACUAUAAUUAGUUCAAAAACACCAUCACUUUUUCAAGUAAACUGUGUAAUAGACGAUGUUCCAUUCACUGGACAAGGAUCGACAAAAAAAGCAGCCAAAAAGGAAUGCUGUAUUGCAGCAAUAAAAAGUAUUUGGCAAUUUGAUUUCCAUGCCAUAGAAGAUAAUUAACUCAUUAAGAAUUAAAUUUGAUAUUUAUAAUAAUAUACGUUUGUGUACUAGUUAUUUUUAUUAGUCAACUGUAUUUAUUUUAUUUUAUUAUCGAUUAGAAUACUUAUGAGGUUAUUAUUAUAUGGACAUAGUAUUAACUAUUAA